GUGUGCGGCUUUUUUUGUGUGUUUUUUUGAGAAAGGGGCUCGGGCAACUUGAUGGGGACUCCAAGCAGCCUGGCGUAUGGGGAGCGCCCUCCGAGGGAUUUUGGAGGGGAUUGAAGAAGGCGGGCGGCUGGGUGGGGGGCUUCGGGGAGGGCUUGUUGCAGUGCGAUCAUGCAGAGGGCCAGCGUGAUGGGGAUGCCCACCCCGGAACCCAGCGGGUCUUAUUCCCAGCAGUUCAAAGCCAUGAGGUUCUCCUAUCACAUCGAAGGGGGAGCAGCGACUUCACCCCAGAUCCGAGCCGGUCCUAUUCAGACCUCACGCCUCCUGGUCAAAAGCCUCUCUUUGGAGCCUGCUCCAGAACAUCAUUCUCCAGAAGCCCCCCAGCGGCUCAUCUCAGACCCAGGACCUGACAGUGGUGAAGGGGAAGCCGCCAAGCUUCGCCCACUCAAACGAACCCCAGGACCAAAGCCACAAGUCCCUCCCAAGCCUGCCCAUCUACAGAACAUCCAGCUGCCUCGACUUCUUGAAUCCAUUCCCCCACCUCCGUCACGCCCCCUCCCAGCUGAUCCACGCUUGAGCCGUAGCCCGCAGCCAAAAGAUGGGUCUGGGUCAUUGUCGGCUGUGUCCUGCCUCAUUGAGAAGUUUGAGAGGGAGCCUGUAAUCCUGAUGGUAGAGCAGGCCUCUUCACCGUGUCCCAGCCCAGACCUGCAGACCCCAGAGACUGGUCCAAUGGAGCCUUUACUUGAUCGGCCAGCUUCCUUGGAAUCAGCAGAGCUGGCCCACAAACUUCUAGACCUCCUGGUGCUGGACGGGGGCCAAGAAGCUGGGGGCAACGCUGCCUGCCUGCCCUCUCAUGAUGGUGGGAAGUUGGCAAACCGAGACAGCGGCAUUGACAGCAUCAGCUCGCCAUCCAACAGCGAGGAGAUCUGCUUUGGAGGGGAAGAGGGCACCGGAGAGGGAUCGGGACCACCACCGCCUCCUGCCAUCAUCAAGCGCCGCUCAACCCGAGAUUCUGAAGGGGACAGUGACAUGGAUGAUGGGAGUGGGGAUGAGGCCGAACUGCUCCCUGAACUCCCACCUCCACAGGCUGAGAGGCAGGAUUCAGAUGAGAUGACAGUUCCACAGAAGGUCUUCCGAAUUGCCAACGAACUUCUUCAAACAGAAAAAGCCUAUGUAUCUCGUCUGUAUCUGCUGGACCAGGUUUUCUGCGCCCGUCUUCUGGAGGAAGCACGUAGCCGAAACUCUUUCCCAGCCGAUGUGGUGAUGGGCAUUUUUGCCAACAUCUGCUCAAUCUAUUGCUUUCAUCAACAGUUUCUGCUCCCAGAACUGGAGAAGCGUAUGGAAGAAUGGGACCAGCACCCUCGCAUUGGGGAUAUCCUUCAGAAACUGGCUCCGUUCCUUAAGAUGUACGGCGAGUAUGUCAAGAACUUUGACCGCGCCAUGGAGCUGGUCAACACCUGGAUGGAGCGCUCCGCCCAGUUCAAGGGCAUAAUCCAUGAAAUCCAGCGGGAAGAGAUAUGUGGGAACCUAACUCUGCAGCACCACAUGCUGGAGCCAGUCCAGAGAAUUCCUCGCUAUGAGUUGCUGCUGAAGGAUUAUCUUCUCAAGCUCCCUCCGGAUUCGCCUGAUUGCAAGGAUGCCCAGAAAUCCCUGGAACUCAUUGCCACUGCUGCGGAACACUCAAACGCAGCCAUCCGCAAAAUGGAAAGGAUGCACUCGUUGCUGAAGGUGUAUGAGCUGCUGGGAGGUGAGGAAGACAUUGUCAGUCCCACUAAUGAGCUCAUCAAGGAAGGGCACAUCCUGAAGCUUUCUGCAAAGAAUGGGACAACCCAAGACCGGUACCUAAUCCUGUUCAAUGACCGCUUGCUGUACUGCGUGCCAAAGCUGCGUCUCAUUGGCCAGAAAUUCGGAGUCCGCGCUCGUAUCGAUGUAGACGGGAUGGAGCUGAAAGAGACCAGCAGCCUCAAUGUGCCCCGGACCUUCCUUGUAUCAGGGAAGCAGCGAUCCUUAGAACUUCAGGCCAGGACUGAAGAGGAGAAGAGAGACUGGAUCCAGGCGAUACAGGCAACCAUCCAGAAGCAUGAGCAGACUUUAGAGAUGUUCAAGCAGCUGCUCAGCGAAGAUGAAACACCACCCAAUUCCCCAGGGUGUGAACUGGGCCGGCGGGCACCCACGCCGAUCCGGGAAAAAGAAGUCACCUUGUGUAUGCAGUGCAAGGAAUCCUUUAAUGCCCUCACCAAGCGGAGACACCAUUGCCGGGCUUGUGGCCACGUCGUCUGUGGAAAAUGUUCGGAGUUCCGGGCCCGCCUGGUCUACGACAACAACCGCCCCAACCGUGUCUGUACUGACUGCUACACAAUGCUGCAGGGCUCCCCUGCUAGUCCCAUCCCACACCCCAAUACACCUCAGCGCCGGAGAUCCAUUCUGGAGAAACAGGCUUCUGUGGUAGCAGAGAACAGUGUGAUCUGCAGUUUCUUGCACUACAUGGAAAAAGGAGGGAAGGCUUGGCACAAAGGCUGGUUUGUCAUCCCGGAAAACGAACCCCUGGUACUGUACAUCUAUGGAGCUCCUCAGGAUGUGAAGGCCCAGCGGUCAAUGCCUCUGAUUGGCUUUGAGGUCAACCUUCCGGAGCCCGGUGAGCGAGUGGAUCGUCGCCAUGCCUUCCGGAUCAGCCAAAGCCACCUGUGCUGGUAUUUUAGCCCCGAGACCGAGGAGCUACGGCAACGGUGGAUGGAGGUGCUGAGCCGGGCUGGCCGUGGAGAAGAAGCCAAGGGACCACCUUCCAUCCAGGAGGCUGAUGAGGAUACAGAGGCAGAAAGAACCUAGAUGUGAUGCCUGGGGGUUAAGGAAUAAUUGCUUCUGCCCACCUUGGGACACUUGGUCCUAAUUCUCCAACCAGUAUACUUGAAACAUUUUUCAUCUUGUUUUUUCUCUCUCUCUCUCUCUCUUUGGCACUUUCCCAUCCGCCUUUUCUUUUCUCAGCAUCAGGAUGGCCCACCUCCUGCCUCUGUGAUGACAGAGACUUGUCCUCAACGUUCUCUGCUGUUCCUGGCGGCAGAGAUGCUCCGCAUGCCCUGAGGUUUGUUCUAGGCCAGUUCCUAGUCCCAGCUGUAGCAUGUGGGCACCCAACACUUCCCUCUCCUCUCUUGCUUCCUCCUCCCUUUCAAUUGUACACAGGGAGACGCUGAUCCAAGAAGGUGGAUUUCUUCCUUCCAACACCCCUGCCCUAUGGUUUACAUUUGGACCAAGAUCUGUUCUUCCAGGCUCCACUGCUUCAUUUAGCACUUAACGAAAAUGUCUUUACAGCAGUGACUUUGUAAGAUGGUUGUGGGGGAGCAAAUGGGCAUGGAACCCGCUCGCGUCAGCAGAGGGCUGUGCGUUUCCUCCCAAGCGUGAAUCUGCCUCCUAUGUUAUUCUUCUCUUCAUCUUUGUGAAAUUUAAGUGGAAUGUUGUCUGUCAUUUCUUCAUACUGUCAGCCACUUCUCAGAUAGAAGAAGGCUGAGCUCAGCGCCCUUUCUUCCGUUAGGACCUGAAAUGUCUUGCCUCCAGGAAGAGAAUCAGCAUUAACAUCAUGCAGACUGGGAGACAACGGGCAGUUUUGGAGAAGAAAAGGAUAGGCAAGGUCGCCUUACAGAAAAACCCAGUCUUCUACCAAAAAUGUGGACCAUAUUCCUGAAUUCCCACAUUCCAAUGAACGCUCUUCCUUCCUCUGCCUUUUUUUAUUUGUUGGAUUUCAAGGGCACAAUCUACCGAAGAUUUCUGUUUAUGUAUUCCCUAAAGUGACGGGACUUGCACAACCCUGCAGACAGUAGUCAUAUAAAGCCCACUCUUCUAGUCUGUGGCUGGGUUUAAAAAAAAAGAAUUGGGAAAUUAUGCUCUUAGGUGUGCUUUCAAACUGUAAGAAUGCAGCAAAAUGGUGUAAUGAUUAAGGAAAGGAAAACUGUAGAAUCAGCUGUCUGAAUGAUGAAUGGAUCAGCUGAAGGAAGUCUGGGAAAUGCCAUCUUCAGGUCCUUUUUUAUGAGGAACAGGAAACAGAGCCAUAGCAAGAGGGUAAAAAGUUCUAAAUGGAAGAGCCUGUCCUAGUCUUGCCUCCUGCUACGAAAGAGGGAUGUGUGCUUGACUCCCUUUGCUUUUAAGUCCCACUCACUUCAAUAUGAAUGUAAGCCUUGCCUUGGUACACCACAGCAAAGUCUAUUCAUUAAGGGAGAGGUGCUUAAACUGUGGCCCAUCUGAUGUUUUCUGCUCAAGUGGCCCCUGAAAAAGCUGCAAAUAGUCCAAGCAUGUUCUUGACUCCCCACCCCACCCCUUUUAUCACAGCAUUCAAUGCUGUAAUUGCCAGGAUCAGGUGAUGGAACCGGCUGACUUGAGAAAGUGAUUUAUAACCCUAGUGGGGGCUCGUCAGUUCCUCCUGUUUUUUUUUUUUUCACUUAAAGGGGUCCUGCUCAGAGGUUUCAGUUAGAACCCAUGAGUUCUGUAAUAUGGUGCUGGGUUUGAAGGUGCUAAAGAAAGGUGUUACUAAAACGGGCUUUGUAUAUGCAUAUGCCUAUAUUUGUUAAUAACUGGUCUUGCAAAAUUCCCCGCAAUUUUCAUUUGGUCUCCAGGUGGGACGUGUACGUAUGAGAAUCACUGUAGCAGUGUGGGACAAAUGAUUUUGGGGAUUUCACUUGCAGGGUAUGAAAACAAUAGCCAUUCUCCUCUUCUUUUUCCUUAACAUCUGAUGUAGCAUCCUUACUACAUCGCACAAAGUCAGGGCUGGGGAACCUCAGGCUGUUGGGCCGAACACGCUCCUUCCGGAGCCCACCGUGGUGCUGUAGGAUGGCUGAGAAUGGUGCUUACCCCCUUGUUAUGAUAUGAUUGGCAGUUUCUAGCCUUUUAUAUGGAGUUUCUCUUUUCUGAGAUGCUUGGCAUGCUUUUCCUAAUACAGUCAUGCCCCGCUAGACGAUUACCCCACUCUACGACGAAUCUGCUUUAUGCUGACAUUU